ACGCCUAUAAGUCUUCUUUGACGACACACGCGCGCACCGUUACAGAACUUGAGUACAUUAAUAACAUAACUCGUUAAUUUACUCAAUAACUGUUUUGUUCUUAUUGUUUUAAAAUGUAAAUUUCGUAAUGCCUAAAGAUCAAAAGUGAAAGUGAAAAGUUUAACUUAAUAACAGACCACACAUUGUUGGAUCCCUCGGUACACGUUGCCAAAUGACCAAAAGUGUACCUACUAUAUUUAAUGCGUUAAUACACAGUAUACUUUAGUUUUAAUAAAGAAAGGAUGUGUUCCAAAUAUGGAUCAACUGAUGCUAACGAGACAAUGGUGGAAAACGCGAAGGAGGCGGAAGUUGAAAUUGAUUUAAGCCGAUCAUCGAAAAGACGACAAUGGUGGCGGGACCACCAGCACGUUCUCUUCGGCCUGGGGCACGUGCACAACGACCUUUGCGCUGCCAUGUGGUUUUCCUACAUGAUGCUUUUCUUUCAAGCGGUGCUGGAAAUAAGGUCCGCUAUCGCUGGAUUCCUACUUAUGACAGGACAAAUUGUUGAUGCAAUAGCUACUCCAGUGGUAGGCAUUCUGGCAGAUAGGUAUGGCACUAAGAAGUCCUGGCACUUAACAGGGAGCAUCAUGGUAACUUGCACAUUCCCCAUGUUAUUCAUCCGCUGUUGGGGUUGUUGGAUAGGCGCGGACGUCGACUACCUCGCAUGGUGGAUGCCACUCUACUACACCGUGCUCAUCACCUUCUUCCAGAUCGGUUGGGCCAUAGUCCAGAUAUCGCAUCUGGCAAUGAUACCGAACAUUUCCGACAGCCUGCAAAUUCGUUCGGAACUUACUUCCAUAAGAUAUAUGGCUUCAGUGACGUCAAGCAUAACAGUCUACCUUAUUACUUGGGUAGUAUUACGAGCAACCAACUACAGUACGUUCAUUGGACCAACAGACGAUUACAAAUUACGCGACGUCGCAUUGAUAACAACGGGGAUAGGCGUGACAGCAUUCACGUUGUUUCACAUCCUGUUCAAGAUACGACCAUCGAAGCCAACCAAGAGCAAUGGCCAUACUAUAACCAACGGUUCCUCGGCUUUGCUGACAAAGGAACAACACGACACUGAGCAGCAGAGUGGUCAGCAGACUGAUACCAAAUCUAAAAUUUAUCAUUUUCUACGGAUGCCGCUGCUGUAUCAGACAAGUUUAUUAUACGUUUUCUCACGACUCUACUGGGCACUUACAUUGGUAUAUGUGCCCCUAUUUCUGGAAGAGAGACUCUCAGUCAAUCCCAGUGCAGGGUCCGAGCUGGUGGCUAGCGUGCCUUUGGUGUUGUAUAUAUCGUCUUUUUUCUCAUCUCUUCUACUUAAAAGCAAGAUUACCAGUUGCGGUAACCAGGUGGCGUAUUUAUUAGGAAGUUUUCUGAGUUUCAUCAGCUGCCUGUGGAUCGCACUCGGGGUAGAUCCGCACGCCAACAUAGUUCAAAUUUAUCUAGUAGCAGCUUUAAUGGGCGCUGGUAGCUCAAUAACACUAGUUUCCAGCCUAUGCGUUACCGCGGACCUAAUAGGUCCUCACUCCCACCAAGGUGCCGCUAUAUACUCCAUUGUCACCUUUGCUGACAAGCUGGUGACCGGUAUAGCUGUCGUUGCUAUUGAAAAUUAUAAAUGCAAUAACGCAGCAGACUGCCCUGAAUACUACAGGGGAGUGCUAACCUACGCUUGUGGAGGCAGCGCUGUCUUGGGUUCCUUCUCAUUAAUCUUCACCCGAUUAACAACCAGCAGAAAAGCUGCAACCUAAACCUAUGUAUUUUAAUUUAUAGUAUGCUUAGUAU